UUCGCCGCUGCGUGCAAAAUGUCUGGGGGGAAGCAGGUUGUAAUCUCGACCCUUACCCAGAGCAGAUUGCAGGACGAGGAGACGCGCAGGGCCGAGCGAAACAGAGCUGUCUUCGAGGCAUGGCUCGAGAAGAAACGAGAAGAGCGAAAGAAAGAACGCGCUUUGAAGAUGGAGGCUCUUCGCAGAGAAGAAGAAGCGUGGGAGAGGGAGAGAAUAAGAGGCAUCGGACAAAAAGCGUUUGAAAGAUGGUUGAAGAUGAAACAAGCUGAAGACAAACUGAUGAAGAAGCAGCUCUCUAGGGAGAGGGAGUUGGAGCGGCUAAAGAGGGAAGAGGUGAGAGAGAGACUACACAGAUCAGAGGUGGCCUUCAACACCUGGAAACACCUAAAGGAUGCGGAAUUUAAAACUGAGCGAGAGCUGGCAAGACACCAGCAAAGGUCCGUAACGACUCCCAUGACAAGAGAGCCCACCCCGUCACUGCCUGGGUACUGCAGUGUGUGGUCGUGUGAUGAAGACAUGGCCCAGCACUUUGUGACGAGAGUGAGGCGCUCUAGAUCGCUGGAGCUGUCCGACUAUCGCACACAGUUCACUGAGAGUGACAAAACACACUUCCCAUCUUCACACCCUCACAAUCUCGCACCACCACCACCAACGCAUACCCAUGUUGUCUCUUGUAAAAAUCAUCAACUUUGACUAUAUAGUACAUAAGUAGCAUAAAUAGUGGGAAUUACAAAUUUGGACCAUAAAUCUGGGGAAAAGUGCAAAAUCAAGUGAUGAUCAUAGCAUGCAUGUUUUCCCAGUCUUUUCCCUUGUUCUUUCCUUUAUAGCUUUCCUCAGGUUCUUGAAGAAGGUGACUUGUAUUGACGGUAGUGUGGCAUCUAUCAGUUUAGGAGGGAUCUUUCCCUUCAGGUCCGUCUGGAAUGCAUAGACUAGCUUCGUAGAGUUGGGAUCACUGCAGAGGGCGUGCAUGUGUGCGUGUGUAUAUAGUAAAGUUGGAGUCAACAGUAAUAAUCAUUGUGUGCCUACAGAGAGAUAUGGACAAAUAAAUCCCAAUUGGGACGGAAUGCAUCUCAUGAAGGCAGACUGGAAUCCAUAAAAUGGUUAUUCUGCUGCAUAUGAAGUCAACACCCACAAGUCUUAGUUUCAGUAUGUAUGCUGAUAUUGUAGUAGUUCUAUUUACUCACCUGUCUAGUGGGAAGCACAUCAUGGUGCUGGGGUGGUUGAGGCCCCUCACGUAGCUAGGGUCCUCAGGGUAUGGAUAUUCAAUACCUGUGGCUGGAGCAGCAAGAUGAAGGGGAUUGAUACUAUACCAG